AUGGGUCAGUUACCAGCGUCUCGAGUUACCGCUGACAGACCUUUCCGUCAAACUGGAGUAGAUUAUGCAGGACCUUUUGCGAUGAGAACCUCAAAGGGUAGAGGUUAUCGCUCCAUUAAAGGGUACAUAUGCCUCUUUAUAUGUAUGGCUACUAAAGCCAUACAUCUUGAAGCUGUCAGUGACAUGACCUCUGAAGGAUUUUUGGCCGCAUUUAAACGUAUGGUGGCUAGGCGAGGUCACGUGGCAGAGUUAUGGAGCGACAACGGGUCUAAUUUCGUAGGUGCUGAAAAGGAGAUUAAGAAAUUAUUAGUUGCAGAAAGGUCUAGUGUAGCUCAAGAGAUCGCUUCUUGGUUAUCAUCAAACGGUACUAUUUGGCAUCGAAUCCCACCCUACACUCCACACUUUGGUGGAUUAUGGGAGGCUGGGAUCAAAUCAACCAAGCACCAUCUUAAAAGGGUGAUUGGGAACUCAACCCUGACGUUUGAGGAGAUGAGUACCGUUUUGUCCCAAAUUGAGGCUUGCCUCAAUUCGAGGCCACUGACAACUUUAAGUGAUGACGCGCAAGAUCCAUACCCAUUAACACCCGGACAUUUUCUUGUCGGUGAACCUCUUUUACUUGUUCCGGAUGCCAAUUACGAAAAGUCAUCCAUAACUAGUCUCCGAAGAUGGCAGCUUGUUCAACGAAUGAUGCAGAACUUUUGGCGACGGUGGUCGAAUGAGUAUCUUUCGCAGUUCCUAAACCGUUAUCGUUGGAAUCGUCAUUCUCUUGAACCUCAAAUCGGGGAUGUAGUUUUAGUCAAGGAAGAAAAUCUUCCUCCCGCACGAUGGCUUUACGGGAUUAUUGUUGAGAAGCAUACUGGUCAGGAUAAUGUUACGCGUGUUGUCAGCUUAAAAUUCAAAGAUACAGUCAUUAAGAGACCAGUAUCUAAAAUUUGUAUAUUACCAGUUAGGAAUUAA